AUGAAUAUCCCCAAGCUGGGGCAUGAGGCUGGCAGGGGAACAGGUGCCUUCAGGGCCACACUUGUGCUGCUUGGGCUCUGGGCACUCCUGGCUUUGGCCCAGUGCUCUCAAGGCCAUCCCUCCUGGCGCUAUGUGUCCUCCGAGGUGGUGAUUCCUAGGAAGGAGACGCAUCACGGCAAAGGCUUUCGGGUGCCAGGCUGGCUCUCCUACAGCCUGCAUUUCGGGGGCCAGAGGUACGUCAUCCAUCUGCGGAGAAAAGCACUGUUUUGGCCCAGACAUCUGCUGGUGACGACUCAAGACGAGCAGGGAGCCUUGCAGAUGGACUACCCCUACGUCCCUUCAGACUGUUACUACCUUGGCUACCUGGAGGAGAUUCCUCUGUCCAUGGUCACUGUGGACAUGUGCUAUGGGGGCCUGCAAGGAAUCAUGAAGCUGGAUGACCUUGCCUAUGAGAUCAAGCCCCUCAAGGACUCCCUCAGUUUUGAGCAUGUGGUUUCCCAGAUAACGGCGGAACGUGACGCAGUGGGGCCUAUGUACAGUCUGGGACACAGAGAGGAUGCAGACGCCCUGCUGCCUGCAGCACACACAGCCUCAACCGCCAGGAUCUCAACCACAACAUAUGCUUCACACGCAGGCAGGAUCCGCGGCCAAGUGCAGUGCUCCUACCUAAUGUACCAGGUAUACAAUAACAUGACGUUUAUUGUGCGGUUCCUGGUGCACAUGUUCAACAUGGUGGACAGCUACUUCUCCAGCCUUCACGUGACCUACACCAUCUUCCUCUUGACCAUUUAUAAUGUGCGUGAUCCAUUCUUGAUUGACAUCAGAGUGCCUGACGGUGAGGCAUUCGAAUACUAUAGCCGGCAUUUUCGCAUCCCUUACGGAAUCACAUCGUCCACAGUGGUGAACAAAAAUUACCCACAUGAAGGAAGCUAUGAGCCCCCUCAUUCUACAAUGUGCCGUAAUGAGAACCUGAUCUUUGUUGCUUCCUUGGGUAGACACUUUGUAUUUUUGUCUACUGUAGCAGCCAAUGAAAUAAUGAGAAAUUAUGGGGUGUCCUAUGAUGAGCCAGAGUGCACCUGCUUGAGAAGGACCAUCUGCAUCAUGGAUAGGUUCCCGCUGCUCACGGACAGAUUCAGCAAUUGCUCCCUUGUGGACAUGAACAACAUUGCAAUGAGGGCAUCGGGGAAAUGCCUGUUCCCACCAUACAGAGAGUCUCUCAACAAAAGCCUGACAUUUGUGCGCUGUGGAAACAACGUGGUGGAGGACCAGGAGCAGUGUGACUGUGGGUCCCUCAAGCAGUGCUACCACACUGACUGCUGUGAUACCAACUGCCACUUAACGCCGGGCAGCCAGUGUUACGUGGGUUCUUGCUGCACCAAUUGCACCUACUCAGCCUUGGGGACCCUGUGCAGGCCCAUGCAGACCACAUGUGACCUUCCAGAGUACUGCACCAGUGGCUCCCAGAACUGCCCUGAGGACUUUUACUUGCAGGAUGGGACCCCGUGCUCACAGGUGGGCUACUGCUACCACGGGAACUGCACUGACCGCAGCAUUCACUGCAAGGAGAUCUUUGGUCCGGACGCUGAGGACGGGAGUAGUGACUGUUACGACAUCAACAUGGAGAGCCACCGAUUCGGGCACUGCUCCAGAGAAGAGGACAGCAACACUUACCAGCCCUGCACUAUAGAAAACAGGAUGUGUGGGCGGCUGCAGUGCAGAAACGUCACCCGCCUCCCCCAGCUGCAGGAUCACGUCUCGUUCCAUCAGUCCAUGACGAGUACUGGGACCGUCUGCUUUGGGCUGGACGAGCACCGCUCCACAGGCACCAACGACGCUGGGCGCGUGCGGCCUGGUACCCUCUGUGCCCCUGGGACUAUCUGUGUUAAUGGCCAGUGCAGCGGGCCUGUUGAGGACCUGAAUUAUGACUGUACCCCUCAGAAGUGCAAUUACCGAGGUGUGUGCAACAACAACAGGAACUGCCACUGCCAUGUAGGCUGGGACCCUCCCCUGUGCCUACGGCGAGGUUUUGGUGGGAGUGCAGACAGUGGACCCCCUCCAAAAAGAUUCCGUGAAGUAAAGCUGUCGGAGCAAUCGGUUUUCUACUUGCAAGUGGCUGUUGGGCGCUUUUUUGCCUUGCUGGCUGCACUGCUCUUUGGAGUGGCCACAAAUGUCCGAAUUAUUUUGGUUGGCAAAGAAGCUGAGGAGUCAGAGUCUGAUGAGGA